AUGCUGUACGUCUCCAAGAUGGUACCGACGUCCGAUAAGGGCCGUUUCUACGCCUUCGGUCGUGUCUUCGCUGGUACCGUCAAGUCCGGUCUUAAGGUCCGCAUUCAAGGCCCUAACUACACUCCCGGCCGCAAGGAGGACCUGUUCAUCAAGGCUAUUCAGCGCACAAUUCUCAUGAUGGGUCGUUAUAUCGAGCCUAUUGAGGACGUCCCAGCCGGUAACAUUGUCGGUCUGGUUGGUGUUGACCAGUUCUUGCUUAAGUCUGGUACUCUCACCACUUCCGAGACUGCCCACAAUUUGAAGGUCAUGAAGUUCUCUGUAUCCCCCGUCGUCCAGGUUGCCGUCGAGGUCAAGAACGCCAACGACUUGCCCAAGUUGGUUGAAGGUCUUAAGCGCCUCUCCAAGUCCGACCCUUGUGUCUUGACUUACAUCUCGGAGUCUGGUGAGCACAUCGUUGCCGGUGCCGGUGAAUUACAUUUGGAGAUUUGCUUGAAGGAUCUUGAGGAAGAUCAUGCGGGUAUCCCGUUGAAGAUUUCUCCUCCUGUCGUCUCGUAUCGUGAGACUGUUGCCGGCAAUUCGAGCAUGACCGCCUUGUCAAAGUCACCCAACAAGCACAACCGUCUCUACGUCGCUGCUACCCCGCUUGACGAGGAGGUUGCUAAGGAUAUCGAAGCCGGGAAGAUUGGUCCCCGUGAUGACUUCAAGGCCCGUGCAAGAAUCCUUGCUGACGAACACGGAUGGGAUGUUACUGAUGCCCGUAAGAUUUGGUGUUUCGGUCCUGACACCAGUGGCGCCAACUUGCUCGUUGACAUGACUAAGGCCGUACAAUACCUCAACGAAAUCAAGGAUUCCGUCGUUUCUGGGUUCCAGUGGGCUACCCGUGAAGGCCCUAUCGCCGAGGAGCCUAUGAGAAGUGUCCGUUUUAACGUGCUCGACGUUACUCUGCACGCUGAUGCUAUCCAUCGUGGCGGUGGGCAGAUCAUCCCGACUGCUCGUCGUGUCCUGUAUGCUGCUACGCUGCUCGCUCAGCCUGGCCUGUUGGAACCCAUCUACCUUGUCGAGAUCCAGGUUCCUGAGCAAGCGAUGGGUGGUAUCUAUGGUGUCCUGACCCGAAGAAGAGGUCACGUUUUCUCUGAGGAGCAGCGUCCUGGUACCCCUCUGUUCAACGUCAAGGCUUACUUACCUGUCAACGAGUCCUUCGGUUUCACCGCCGACCUUCGUUCGCACACUGGCGGGCAAGCUUUCCCCCAGUCUGUGUUUGACCAUUGGGCCGUCCUUCCUGGUGGUUCGCCUCUUGACGUCACCACUAAACCGGGUCAGAUUGUCCAGGAGAUGCGCAAACGCAAGGGUAUCAAAGCUGAGGUUCCCGGCAUUGAGAACUACUAUGACAAACUCUAAGCAAAUUAAAAAAAAGGGAAAAGGGGAAAUUCUCAACGGCGAUACGAGGGUUGGUAUUUCUUUAACUGGGUUUUCUUAUGUUUGUUUUCCAAUUGGUUCUUGUUCAUUUAGUGUUACAAUAAGCUAGGUCUUUCAUAUUCUAGUAACCGUCGUUGUCAAAUAAAGGGACGGAAGACCCCCAAUUAUGGGGUCUCAUACUA